AUGUGUGCAAAGUUUGAGUCCGGAGGAAAAGUGAAACAACAACCGUAUCAAGUAAAAUAUUUUGAUCUUCGAACAAAACCGACCGAUUUAAAAUCAAAAUCGGGUGAAACCAUAUUUGAAAGUGUUGACGAUAUUGAAGAACCACCAGAAAAUGGAAGUGAAAUACCGAAACAAUGGAAUGUUCACUACGGUGAUGUGAUAUCAUGGAGUUAUGAUAGACCAACGGAAACAUAUUUUGUAACAAAAGAUGGUAAAUUUCUUAAAAAUCCUGACCUAUCUGGAUCUGGCUAUUUAACAAUCCCAUUAUCAAUUACUCGCGAUUUAACAACGAACACGUUAGAAACAUACAAAAAUGUUAUUGAACAGUUAACCGAACUUGUCAUAUUACCGAUUGAAUUAAGUCCUGAAGAUGAAUUUUUUUCAGCCAAAUUCAAUGGAUCAAAAAUUCCUAAAGCCUAUAUUAAACGAAACGAUAUUGAAUAUUCAUAUUCUCCUAUGGAACAACAAUUAACAGUGCAAAUCAAUAAAAAUGGAAAAAAAUUUACAAAUGAAUUUCCUACCGAUAAAGAGGAAAAAUUAAACAAUAUUAUAAAAUGGAUUAAAAGUAUCGAUAAUUCGGCAACAAAUCCUCUUAUAAAUCUUAUCGUCAAAUGCAAUUUUAAUGAUAAAUCUGAAUGUGAUAAAGUACAAAAAUAUAAAUGUUUCGGAAUUAUUCCAUUACCAAAAACAUGGACAUGUGAGCAAAAAGGCGGCGCUCAUUUCGGACAAGAACAGAUAAGUGCCACAUAUAAAUGUCAAGGUCCCUUAUCAAGUAAACAAGAAGCAAUUAAAAAAAUUAAAAAUUUUUAUAAAGAUCUGAAGAUAAAGAAAAUCUUGUACCUGAGUCUUUUGACAACAAUGUUUGGUGAAAAAACAGCUCGUUACUUUGAUUUAGUUAAUAAACCCGAAACAUUAAAAAAAACAAAUGGUCAGCCAGUACCUGCUCAUGAAUACAAAGAUGUUCCAACUAGUGUACCAGCCGAUUGGGAUGUAUCACCCGGUGAUUUACUAUCGUGGGCAAAAUAUCGAGCAUCAGAAACAUAUUUUAUAUUGAAUGACGGUACAUUAUUGAAAAAUCCAGAUCGUUCCGGUAGUGGUUAUUUAACAAUUCCAUAUAUAAUCACUCAACAUACGCGUAAUGUUUUGAUGAUGUAUGAAUAUGUUAUUAAUGAAUUAGGUAAAGAUUAUGUGUCGACAAUUGAAAUGCAUCCUCAGGAUCAAUUUAUUGUUAAAAAUUAUGGUCAAUUACCUGAAGAAAUGUGUACACCUAAUGUAGAAUAUAUUUAUGAUCCAUUAGAAGAAUUUCUUUAUGUAAAUGUUGUUGGUACUUCGAAAAAAUCAAAAGAAUUUAAAUUAGGUAAUACAUCGGUAAAAGAUAUUCAACAAUGGUAUGAUGGUAUCAAAGGUGAACAGGCUCAAUUUAAAGUGAAAUAUAAUUUUGAUGGAGUACAAUAUCAAAAAUAUCAACAAUAUAAAUUACAAAAUGAAAAAAUAUUAACACCAAAAACAUGGAAUAUACAACCGGGUACAACAGAUGUCGGUCAUGAUCAUAUCAGAGGUGAAUGGAUUUUGAAUGGUGAUAGAAAACAUUUGAGCGAUGCUAAAAAACAAAUUCAAGAAUUUUAUAAAGAUUUAGCUGUUAAUAUUGAAGAAGUACCAUUAUAA